AUCAGUAUUGUAAUAUCUUAUUUUUCCGGAUUAAUUAUUUGCUUCCGGGUUGCAGCUGCAAUGGGCGGAGCGGGAGCCUCGGCUUCAACUGCCUGCCCGUCGUCACAGUUAUCAGCGCGAACGGCAGCGGUAGGUAGCGCAAGAGCCAACCCUGGAGCCAAGUGAACCUCACGCGGCCUCGCUGCCCCCAAUCCUCCGCCGAUUUACAGCAAAAAAAUAUAGCACAACAAGGGGGACCGCUCGUGCGCCAUAAGUUGGAGACGCCAUACACCGGACAAGCGAACAUGUUUGAAUGUUUCAAACGACACGCAUAAUGGAAUAUUUCGGACUGCAUGGGAUUAUUUUUUUCGGUACGGUACGUUAAAGUGAAGUGAAGACCUGCCUCUCAGCAGACCUGGAUCCUCAAAAGGGUUGGCAACAAUUUACACCAGUCAGUUGUAGCAGAAAGGCUCAAGUGGUUAGCUGUAUGAGCGAUUGCAGAUAUCUGGUUCCUUCUCCAUUUCAUUUUACGCCGGAAGACCUGGAAAUAACGGUUCACUUCACCAUUUACGCGUUAUCUCAAUGAACUGAUUAUUCCAUUGAUCUGGUUGCUCCUCGUUCCUCUUGAUUGGCAUAGGAGACAAGAGGUUGCUUACGGACGGAAUGCGCCCCUCACCGAAGUAGCUGAGCCGUGCGCAAGAACGACCGAAUUCGUGUCAUCUUCCGAAAGGAAGGAUGUCGAAGUGAAGCUGCACAGGUGGGAUUGCUCAAGCUCCUCCCUCCUGUCCACUGGAACUCCUCCCUGAUUGGACGGGAGACCAGUUUUGCCCCGCCCACUCCGCACACACCUGAGCACGAUGAGGAGGUUUGCCUACUGUAAGGUGGUGUUGGCCACCUCGCUGGUCUGGGUCAUGCUGGACAUGUUCAUCCUGCUCUACUUCAGCGAGUGCAACAAGUGCGACGACAAGAAGGACAGAGGACUACCUGGGAGAGACUCGGUGGUCCAGCGGUCUCACGAUGGGCCGGGGGAGAUGGGCAAGGCGGUGGUGAUCCCCAAGGAGCAGCAGGAGAAGAUGAAGGAGAUGUUCAAGAUCAACCAGUUCAACCUCAUGGCCAGCGAACUCAUCGCCCUCAACCGCUCGCUUCCAGAUGUGCGGCUCGAGGGGUGUAAGAAUAAGCUGUAUCAAGACGAUCUUCCUCGCACCAGCGUGGUGAUCGUGUUCCACAACGAGGCCUGGACCACCCUGCUGCGCACCGUGCACUCUGUCAUCCAGCGCUCGCCGCGCAAACUACUGGAGGAGAUCAUCCUAGUGGACGACGCCAGCGAGAGAGAGUUCCUGAAGCGUCCGCUGGAGCAGUAUGUGCGUAAGCUGGAGGUCCCGGUGCGCGUGGUGCGCAUGGAACAGCGUUCGGGCCUGAUCCGGGCCAGGCUGCGCGGGGCGGCGCUAUCCACCGGCCAGGUCAUCACCUUCCUGGACGCCCACUGCGAGUGCACCAUGGGCUGGCUGGAGCCCCUGCUGGCACGCAUCAAGGCAGACAGGAGGACAGUGGUGUGUCCCAUCAUUGACGUGAUCAGUGACGACACAUUUGAGUACAUGGCCGGCUCGGACAUGACGUACGGCGGCUUCAACUGGAAGCUGAACUUCCGCUGGUACCCCGUGCCACAGAGGGAGAUGGACCGCCGGAAAGGGGACCGCACACUCCCCGUCAGGACUCCCACCAUGGCCGGGGGUCUGUUUUCCAUAGACAGAGAUUACUUCCAGGAGAUCGGCACCUACGACGCAGGCAUGGACAUCUGGGGAGGAGAGAACCUGGAGAUCUCCUUCAGGAUCUGGCAGUGUGGCGGUACGUUGGAGAUCGUGACGUGUUCCCACGUGGGCCAUGUGUUCCGCAAGGCCACCCCCUACACCUUCCCCGGGGGCACCGGCCAGAUCAUCAACAAGAACAACCGCCGCCUGGCCGAGGUCUGGAUGGACGAGUUCAAGAACUUCUUCUACAUCAUCUCUCCCGGAGUGACCAAGGUGGACUAUGGGGACAUCUCGGCGCGUUCCUCCCUGAGGCAGAAGCUGCAGUGUAAGCCCUUCAGUUGGUACCUGGAGCACAUCUACCCAGACUCCCAGAUCCCACGACACUACUACUCACUAGGAGAGAUUCGCAAUGUGGAAACAAAUCAGUGUUUGGAUAACAUGGCACGAAAGGAGAACGAGAAAGUUGGAAUAUUCAAUUGUCAUGGCAUGGGGGGAAACCAGGUGUUCUCGUACACGGCGAGUAAGGAGCUGCGUACCGAUGACCUGUGCCUGGACGUCUCCAAGCUCAACGGCCCCGUCAUGAUGCUCAAGUGCCACCACCUCAAAGGCAACCAGCUGUGGGAGUACGACACGCUGCGUUUGACCCUGGUGCAUGUGAACAGCAACCAGUGUUUGGACAAGGCUACGGAGGAGGAUAACCAGGUGCCCAGCGUGAGGGACUGCACUGGGAGCCGAUCCCAACAAUGGCUGCUCCGCAACGUCACUCUCCCCGAGAUCUUCUGAGCGCCUGAAAACAUCAUGCGCACACAUACUGGCCGCGUGCAUGUCUGGGCGCGCGCACACACGCACACACACACACACACACACACACACACACACACACACACACACACACACACACACACACACACACACACACACACACACACACACACACACAGCUCAAACACAUACGCACAGCUCAAACACACACAUACAGUUCACGCACAAACACACACCCUACACCAGGAGAUGGGAGAGACGAACGGAGGAGAGAAAGAGACGGAGAAAAAAGAAUAGAGAGAGAGAGAGAGCUGGAGAGAUCUUACGUGAAAUGUCUUGAACUUCUUUUUUUUUCUUUUUUUCUUUCCUUCUCCCCCCUCCAUACCCCCACCUCUGGUGAUGGAAAGAACAAGAACACCCUGCACCAAGUCCAUUAAUUUCACCAGGUCGACGGAGAAAGAGAAAGAGACUAAGAUGGAGAGAUUGAGAGAGAUAGACUCUGUCAUUCUGGACGUGGCAAAAAGAGAAAGAGAGACACAUCCGUUUGGUGCACUCGCUCAUCUUACUCUGUUGAUUUGAGGAGCAUAUCAGUUUUUAUGUUUACGAGACAGCCUUCCUUUCUUUGAGUGUGAAUGAGUAGAGUGUGUGUGUGUGUGAAUGUGGGAGUGAGUGAAGUGUUUGGGGGUGUGUGUGUAUGAGAGAGAGAGAGAGAUAGGGUGGGGUGUAAGAUAAAGAAAGGGAUGUAAAGAGAGAAAUAGAAUCUCUUCCUUUUGGUAUUUUUUAUUUAAACCCUUUUAACAUGUUAGAGGGAGAUAAGCGAGCAGAAAUCAUGUGAAUGGCUGUGUAUGUGCUUCUAUGCGUUUGGUUGUGUGCGUGUGUGUGUGUGUAUGUGUGUGAGUGAUUUCUGGGAACAUGAGAAGGUCAAGAGAUGGGACAAGCAGGGUUCUGUGGACCCCUCAGAGACUGGAAAUGGGGAGUGGAUGAUGUCCCGCCUCCACAGAGGACAAGUGGCUCUCUCAUUGGCUGGCCUCGCCUGUCAAUCAAGGAGGUGGGGGCUGCCCCUGCCCAGCCUGAGGAACUGAAAGCGCUGAUCAUCAAGUCAAUAUUAAUCAAUCAGAUGACAUCACUGGUCGUUAUGACAGCAAGUUGACACUCUUCUGGCCGGGUCUGAAAACCAUGAACACAGACACUGGCUGGAAUAUCUCCCGUGUUCGAGUGAGCUUUCAUUGGAUUUGUUUUUUUUUACUUACAGCAUCAAGUUCGUUUCAUUUCAAAUUACUGGGAUCAUGAUGAUGCUAUCAGUGCCACGCAAGUGCUCAUAGCUUUUUUUUGUUUCAAGUUUUACAGAUAGGAUUUUAUGUUUUGUUUGUUCGUUUUGUUUUUGUAUCGAUUUGUGGCCUGUGUCUUUGCCGAUGUGCGUAGCAAGAUUAAAUGUACCAUCACAGACAGGCAUACACACAGACCCACGCACAUACACACAUCCAGAGAGAGAUAUCUGUGUCUUCCAGUCAACCUUAGCACUACCCCUCAUGGUGAAGUUAGCCCAUGACCAUAUCAUUUACUAUCCUCAUUCUAGAAAACAAAAUGUCUGCAUGUCAUCUCUCUGCAUGUGUGUCCAUGUGUGUGCUUUACAAAAAAGGAUGUUUGUGUGUUUCUGUGGUGCGUGUGUUUGCGUGUGUGCGUGUGCGUGUGUGUUGUUCGUGUUGAGGCACACAUCGUGGACCGAUCAGUCUAAAAGGAGAGUCAAACUCUUCCUUUUUAUUGAUAUUUCAUUUCACUUUACUGGGUUGUCAUGUUUUGUUUGUUUACAUGUAUGUAUGGAUUUGUAUGUGAAUGUGUGUGACUGGCUCUCGUGGGAGCAUAUCUUAGAAACAUGUGGCUCUUGCAGCAUGUUCUGUGCUGUGCUGAUCUGCAUGGCAAAUGGGCCUUUGUCAUGAGAUAUCAGUCACCUUCCAACAUUUCGAAGCAUUUGAAGCAGGUGUGCGUUACACCCGGUGGCAUAGACAUGUAACAUUUGAUGCCGCUGUUUUCUGUCUGAAAGCUGUAGUCAUACACCUGCUUCAAAAUGGAACGUGCCUGAUGUCACAGUGAAAAGGGUGAGUAGUGAGUGAGGGUCUGGUCAGUCAACGAGUGGAUGAAAUAGACCUGUAGGUUGAUGUCUGUCUGAUGUCUUAUCUCCCAGGGCUGGGCAAUAUGGACCAAAACUGAUUAUCCCGUCUAUUUGGGUCUAUUGGUGAUAUUUCAUAUGAAACGACAAAGUCUUAUGUUUUCAAUCAUCCACGAGUAGGAACACACAACCUGCUUUAUUUUGAGUUACCUCUGCCUAGAAGUUUUUGCUUGUACCUGGCGUUGGUCUGUUGGAUCAUUUCAAACAGCCCAGCUCAAAAGGUUGUUGGUGGAUUUUGAUGGGCAUUGGAAGAGGCAUGCACUUUGUGUGUGCCCUUCUUGCUAAGACUGCUCCGUUAAGAAGUUGCACAAGUGAUGAUGGAAACAAUUCAAUGCAGUUAUAGAAAUCCAAGACAUUUGGAAAGUCUUAACACAGACAAAGUGACUUUGCAGUAAUGUCUGACGUAUAUCUCAUCGUCUCAUCAUUGUGAUAUCAAUAUACUGCCCAGCCCUUCUGAACCCUUCCUUUCCUUGCCACUGAAUGAAAAACGGAUUAGCAUAUGAAUUAAGCUUCUUACUUUUCACUUAUUCAUUUUGAUCCUCUUUUUCUUUGCCUUCUUAUUCUGAAAGCCAAUUUAUCGUCCAGGUGGCACGUUGCUCCACAGAACGUGAAAGAAACACAUUUUCCAAGCGCAACAGUGUUGCCAAGCUUGUUUACAAUAUAUUCCCUCAAAUCAUAACACUGGAAAUUGUAGCUUGUUUUGAUUGGAUAGCAACUUAACAUUUGUUGUAGUAUUACUAUUAUCACGGUCUACAUGCACUUGACCGUUUUGUGUUGAUUCUCUUACGAGACAACUUAAUUUUUUGUGUGGAGUGCUACUCACUUGGACUUUAAAUUGUGCUUUCAGGAUGUCGUCCUGCUCUUCCUAUCACCUGUGUGCCACCUUGAAGACUAAAGCCUCUCAUUCCACUGCCGUGCACAGCUUUAAUUCGAUCAGCACGCUCCCUGAACCCAGACUGUUCAUAGUCCUUUCCAAAGUCUGAUCGAUAGAACAGGGGCUGGCUGCAAAGAAUGGCUGGCUAUUCAUAUUUUUGAAAACCCUGAUGGUACUCGCUGUUCACCUUUUUUAAUAUUGAAAAGUGUGUUCUCUUUAAAACAUAUCGUUACUGCUCAUCCUUUACUCCCAUUGGCUGCUAAUUCGCCUGGCUGGCAGGGGGUCAAAAAAAGGAUUAUGCCACAUUGGUGAGGCACAGUCAGGCUAAGAACAGAUCAUGUCAGUCACAGAGUCCAUUGAGCCUCCUUCUUGGCUGGGCCAACUGGAUUCUGAAGGUCAUUGGAUAGGUCACUCCUUUCCCCAAACAGGGAAAUCACUGGGCUUCAUCGCAGUCCUUGAUGAUUCGCAGCACUGAAGCUUUUGGCACUUCCAUACUGUUUACAUGUGGAAGCACUAACAUAGCAAAAGUGGGAAAUGAUUUUUUUCCUCUUGGCAACCACAGUGUCUUUUCAUGGAGAAAUAUGUUCCUUUCCAGGCUGACAGUGACACUACUAUUAGAUGUAGUAGGCCUUUUUGUCCUUCUUGACCAUGCUAAACCCUAAAUUCUGCUGUGUAGCAUCAGUAUCCAUAGCCACAGACACAGAAGUAUCUAGUUAGCAUUGUUCCAGUGACUUGCCUUUGUGCUGUUAGCGGAGAUGCUAAUGCUACUGCAUAUCUCCCUGCCACAGGGGUUUCUGUAAGAAGGUGGUUAAGUAAUAGCCCCUGAUAAGAUAACUCAAGAGUAGCUCUUUUCCAAAAUUCUAUGAAUCCAUUUUUAAAUGUACGUUUUUUUUUAUUGUGCUUCACAGUUACCGUAAUAACAAUAAAAACUGUCUUUGUUGUUUGAAUUUUGGUUAGGAAAAAAAAAACAGAUAACCCAGUUUCAAGAUUUGAACUAUAGGUUAUCUUAAAAUCAAAUUAAGAGAAUUCAAAUACCUCUGGGAAAGGAGCUCUUCAAGUAAACCUCUUAUUAGGCUCAUGGUGUCCUUGCAGACCCAAAGGGGCUCUACUAUCCAGCGAGAGGUUUACAGCUUCCUCCGAGUGAAACCCUACUCUGGCCACUGCCAGCCACUAUACUGCACCUCCUGUGUGGAGUAGACCCUGCAGCUCUAAUAAUACUUCUCCUGCUUCAGACGACCCACCGGCCCCUACAUCUCCACUCUUGUGCGUGUGUGUGUGUGAAAGUGUGUGUGAAAGUGUGAGUGUGAGCUUGUGCGUGUGCGUGUGCGUGUCAAGUGUGUCUGUGUCAUAGUUUUUUAUAGGAAAUGGAGGGAUGUGUUUGAAAAGGUAGGAAGAGGAAACGAUGGAGGGGUUGCUCUCUAGGCUGGAGUAAUCCAUGGGCUGGAGAAAUAAAAUAAAAAAAAACAGUUUACACGUUUCCAUGUCCUGUGUCUUCAAUUCAACACAUAUCAACUGUGAUGGCGUCAUUAAAUGCUGAGGUGAAAUAAUGACUGAGCCCUGAAGAAGGUUCCUAGACCGAAAGCUUGGCCAUGAAAAGGGUGAAAAAGGGAUUUAAGUGUGCAGACAUUUUUCAUGAACAGUUUUCGUUUUUGUUUGGCAUCUUUUAAUCGCGAGUGCAGCGUUUUAAUACAGAUGAGGUGUCAUGAUGCCAUGGUAAAGCACAGAUAUAAACUAAAGAAUAACAUUAAAAAGUCCCCACUCUGGCUUCAGUUCAGCCACAGACCCAACACACUUCCUGUCUUUCUUUGUAAACACGCAGCAGACGUUUCCUCUCCCA